AUGGGGGCUCAGUUUCCACGGACAGACGGUUCUCUUGCAGGGCUGUGCGCUGGCCAAGGAAGCAGGGGGACUGACGAGCCCCUUCCCAAGCCCACCCUCAGGGCCUGGCCCAGCUGGGUGGCACCUCCCAGAAGCAGUGUAAGGCUGCGAUGUCAAACCCCGACCAAGGAUGUCGACUUUGUUCUCAAAAAGGGUAAUGUUGUUUUGGACUUUUCACCAUCACCGGCUUCCAAGGAAGGCCUGGCUGAAUUUCACCUCACUGACCUAAGAAGCAGCCACGCUGGAGACUACACCUGUGAGUGCUACAGACCAGGGGCCCCGGACAUAAGAUCACCGCCCAGUGAGGUCAUCCUGCUGCUGGUGACAGGAGGUCUCCCUAAACCUUCCCUGCAAGCCCACCAAAGGGGUGUGGUGACCGCAGGAGACGACGUGACCCUGCAGUGCCAGAGGCCAGACAAUAUUUUCGGGCCCAUGAGGUUCGCCCUGCUGAAGGCGGGAGCGGCAGGGCCCAUCCGGCUCCGGACCCCAGCCGGCAGGGAGGUGGACUUCUCCCUGCAGACCGUGACAGUCGGUGACGCCGGGAACUACAGCUGUGUCUACUUCCAGACCGGGACUCCUUUCUGGGCCUCACAGCCUAGCGAUCGUCUUGAGAUCCGGGUGAGAGGUGAGGGUUUUACCAUUGGGAGGACCCCAGCUGGAUUACCUGCCCGCUCAGCCCCGACGAUCAUCCCCAAGUGUCUCUCCACGUCCUCUCUUCUCAUGACCACCUUCCACUUCUCGCUCAAGGUUCUUCCCUUGGAUCCUCUCCUCGUGGACCACACUGUCCCCAACCACUUCUCCUCCUCAGCUCUCAAGACUUUGCUGAGCACCUGA